AUGUUUCCACUCAAUUUUCAUUACGAAGAUGUAUCACGUCAAGAUCCGUUGCUCAAACCGAAUCACGCCAACGUUAUGGAAGUUCCUGGAUCGUGUGAAAUAAGAGUAGUACCAAAGGCACCCUAUAAUUUCAUAAUAAAAAAUGGAAAAUUGGCUAUGGAGAUUCCGCGCGGUCAGAAAUUCAUACAGACACAAAGGGGUUCGACAGGAAAGUCCUUUCGAUCUAAUCCAUUCUUGGGGUCAAAUAAAGACAAAGGAUAUGUAAGUGACCUAGCACGACAAAGCACUCUCCGAGGGCAUGGAAUGUCUAAUUUUUCGGUCAGAAUCUCGACAGUAAUGUCUCUGUUAGAUUUUCCGGUCGAAAUACGGAAAAACUCCAUUCAAUUCUCGAUGGAAACGGAGUUUUGCGAAUUCUCCCCGGAACUGGAAGAUCAUUUCGAGAUCUUCGAACAUAUUAGAGGGUUCAAUGUGACUAUUGUCACUUCGGCCAACACACAAGAUGAGACUUUACCACUGUGGAGCGGCUUUUUGCAAAAAGAUGAGGGGGAAACUCAGUAA